AUGACUAGGAGGUCCAACAAGGACAACCUAGUUGAACAUCCAGAGAUAGACAAGCUUGAGAAGCAACUUAGGAAGCAAAAGCCCAAGAGAUGGCCGACGAAGCAGCUCGCGCUCACGCCGCUGAAGUGGCGCGCGCUCAAGAAGAAGGAAGAGAUCCACCUCCUCCUCCUCCUAACCCUGCUGGAGAUAAACCCUAUCCAUCCACCACUUCCUGCAAGGAAUGACUAUGAGAUCAAGCCUCAGAUCAUUGCAUUGGUUAGACAGAACCAAUUCAAUGGCCUUCCAGCUGAGCACCCUCUUGAUCACAUAGAAAACUUUGAAGAAAUUUGCAGCACUACAAGAUCCAAUGGAGUCUCUGCUGACUACCUUAAGUGCAAGCUCUUUUCAUUCUCUCUUGGCGACAAAGCUUCAAGAUGGUUGAAGUCUCUGCCAGCUCACUCCAUCACCACUUGGGAUGAGUACAAGGCUGCAUUCAUCAACCACUUCUACACCAAACAGAGAUCAAUUUCUGAGUACAUUAGGGACUGCCCUAAUCAUGGUUUCAAUGAGGGAAACCUAUGGAACAUCUUCUAUCGUGGCAUAGACCACAAGUACAAGCUUUCAUUGGACACUGCAAGCAAUGGAAACUUCAUGACCAAGACUGUUGAUGAAGCUAAGGUUCUUAUUGAGAAUCUUGCAGCUAGUGAUUGUAACAACUGUCCUGAUUAUGACCGCUCAAGCCGCACCACUACUAGCUCCCCUGAUUCUUUUCAAAUGACUGAACUCAAGAACAUGAUGGCUCAAGUUCUUAAGGGACAGCUCAAGCAUAUCAAUGCAAUAGAAGGGAUGAGUGAUGCUAAUGAAGAUUCAUCAAGAGAAUGCAUGGGAGAUUCUCUAAUGAAGCCAAUGAAGAAGAUGUGA